CUUAUGCUCGCCAAAGGGUCGGCGUAAGCGGACGCCUGCCGAUGGAUUCCAGCGACCAGCGGCGGCCAUCUCGACAAAUCUUACUCGGAAUUGCGGGUGCAAACACAGUAAGCGUUGGCUCGGGACUCGAACUAAGGUUGUUGCUCCUUCAUUAUUUUUUCUCUUUCCUGGAUAGACAUGAGCAACCCCACCACGCGGAAAGUCGCCGAGAGGCCAAAGGCAGCCGUCGCCAAUCCUCGAGUUUCAAACCCACCUACCGCAACCACGACUAGCAAUGUCCAAGCCAACACCAACCCUCCCGCCGAGAACGCGGUAUCAAGGUCGAAGCAAGCCCACGCCAGGUUAUUCGGUCAAGCCCUGCGGGGCACCCCCUACGCCCUGAUCGGCGUCUUCGCGCUCCAGCUCAUGGGAUCCAAACGCCUCUGCUCCGACUACCACGUGUUUGUGCCGACCGGCCACACGGCGCGCGUUAUCGACCAGCUGGCGGCUGCCAGUAGCGGCUGCUUCAAAAAGGAUAAGGCGAUGACCCGCAAGGUAUACCUCGAGAGGGACGGCGUCGUCUCCGUGGUGCACAUCUGCGAGCCCCAGGCCGUCCACCAGGCGUUCCCCGACUCCGACGACGGUGUGGUUACGCUCUUCUCGGCGCGCGUGUUGAAGCCGGCGCUACUGCUUAAUAUGGCCAUCUAUGAGUGGAUGGACCACCAUUUGCGCGGCAUUGAGAACUGGAAGAAGAAGGGGGCGAAUGCGGAUAUUAUCUUCCUGGCCGACUAUAUCGCGAGGAAGGAGAGGGAAGAUAUGAAGCACGCCACCCCGGCCUUUCUCGAUGCCUUUUUUGCUGCCAACGAGAAACAAGAGCCGGUUUUCUUCUCCAUCGGGCUGAAGAGGCCGGCUGUGAAGGCAAGCGGCGGCGCUACUAGUAACGGCAAUACGAGCGCGGGGGCGGGUCAGGGUCAAGCUGUUCAGCAGAAAAGGUAGACCAUGAUUCCUGUCAUUGAUGUAAAGACGGGGUACGAUAUAAGUUGACUAGGUAGCCCUCCAUUAUCUGCCACAGUCUCACAGUUGCUGCAUCUAUGUGCUGUGUUCAGGAAGUCACCAGGCACACGAGUUAAUGUUUGAUGACCAGAAAUUCCAGAACCAUUCAACGUCAGCUCCGCGGCCGAAUCUGGCUGCAUUCCUGCCCAACAUCCACACGCCCAGCCCAAAGUAACCACGCUGAUGACUUUUUGGUGCAGGGAAAGGG